AUGAGACAAGGUCCUGACCUGAGAGGCGAUCAAAUCCCUUCAGAAAUACCAUCCGUACUCACCAAGAGAAUGUGCCUGAGCCAGGUCAACGGAAUAUAUGAUCCACUGGGAUUGGUCGCACCCUUCACCAUCAAGGCGAAAAUACUACUAAGGAAGAUGUGGGGGAUAAAACUUGACUGGGAUGAUUCGAUGCCCGAAAACAUGAGGAAAGACUGGAUCGAGUUCUUUAAGGAGCUGUUUGAGGUAGCUGAUAUUACAUUCCAACGAUGCAUCAAACCAGAAGGAGUCGACUCACAGACAAAGCCAACCCUGAUUGUUUUUUCCGAUGGUUCUGAACAAGCAUUUGGGACGGUAGCCUACAUUCGCUGGAUGCUGAAUGAUGGCAGAUACGUAUCAAAUCUAGUAGCAAGCAAGAGCCGCAUCGCGCCCAUCGAAGUAGCCAGCAUUGUUAGACUAGAACUGAGUGGAGCUGUCCUCAACAAACGACUCACAUGCUUCAUCAAGAAAGAAAUGCGAUUACAGUUCGACAGAGAGUUUCACAUCGUCGACAGCGAGAUUGUGAGAUCGAUGAUUCAGAAACAGAGCUAUGGGUUUAAGACGUUCGUCGCUACCCGAAUUGGCGAGAUACAAGAGGCGACAGAACCAGAGGAUUGGUGGUGGUGUAAAGGUGAACUGAACGUUGCUGACCUGAUCACAAGAGGAAAAACUCCAUCUGAGAUUGGUCCCGAGAGCACAUGGCAGCGAGGGCCAACUUUUCUGCAACGACCCAUAGAAGAAUGGCCAAUCCAACAAAGCUGCUCAGAAGGCAACCUUCCAGAACGGGCCAAGAUUAUAAUGGUUGCCGAUGCACGAGAAGCCGAUACACUAGCCAACAGAAUUGAUGUCAGUAGAUACAGUAGCUACAACAAGCUCUUGAGGGUAACUGCCAGGAUUCUUGCCAUCUACGACAACAAGAACUUCUCCAGUGCAACCAAGGUCCUUUCCGCAGAAGAUAUACAGCGAGCAGAAAUUUUCUGGAUCAAGGAGUGUCAGAAACCGAUAAUGAAGACACUGAAUGACGACAAGGUGACUUUUGAUAAGAUGUACGCCAAACUGUGCCCCCAGGUCAGAGAUGAUGGCGUCAUUGUUGUGGGAGCCAGAGCAGGAAGAUACGUACACUUCAGCUACAACAAACAGGAAGUUCCCCUCCUUCUCUAUCGUCACCCUUUCUCCAAGCUGUAUGCUGUACAUGUACAUAAUAGAGGCCACCCAGGAGUUCAGACAACAGUCUCCAAGAUUCGUUCAAAAUUUUGGAUCAUCAAUCUAUACAAGAUGGCGAAGAGUAUCCGUCACCACUGUGUGCCUUGCAGAAGACAAGAGAAGGACAUGGUCGGUCAGAAGAUGGGAGAUCUACCAUUGGCGCGACUAAAGCCAUCACCACCCUGGAGCUACGUUGGAGUAGAUUUGUUUGGGCUGUUCACAACUCGUGGAGAGGUCAAUAAGAGAGCUCGAGGCAAAGCGUAUGGCGUUAUCUUCAACUGUUUCACUACGCGAGCAGUGCACAUAGAUCUUGCAGUUGACUACAGCUCGACUGGAUUUCUACAAGUCCUCAGAAGAUUUGUAUCUCUCAGAGGUUACCCGAGCGAGAUGUACAGUGAUGGAGGCAGUCAGCUAGUUGGAGCGUCAAAGGAGCUAAAGCAAGUAACGGAGGGCUGGGACGCAAACAAGCUACAUGAAUUUGGCAUUUCUAACGGGAUGACAUGGAAGUUCUCUAUGGCAGAUUCACCUUGGCAGAAUGGAGUUACAGAGAUCCUGAUCAAAGGCGUCAAGAAGGCCAUAAAUCAUGCCAUCGGGAACCAGAUUCUUCAGUUUCAUGAGCUACAGACCGUUUUCUAUGAAGUAGCCAACCUAGUGAACGAGAGGCCAUUGGACGACAUCCAACUGAUCCGGAAGACGGAGUUUAUCUUUGUUCGAACAAUCUCCUUCUUGGACGAGCCACAGGAAGAGUACCCAGCGGACCAUGGAGAGAAACUAACAACCCUAGACAUCGACUUGAAUUCGUGCAGAACAUCAUCAAGGCAUACUGGAUCAAGUGGACCAGAGACUACUUCCCAUCUCUCAUCGUGA